AUGGACCAGAGAAAUCAUUCAAGAGUGACUGAAUUUGUGUUGGUUGGACUCUCCACUUCCUGGGAGCUCCAGAUUCUUUUCUUUGUGCUCUUCAUUUUAAUUUAUUUGGCCAUUGUUCUGGGAAACCUUCUAAUUGUGCUCACAGUGAUCUUGGAACCUCUCCUACACACACCCAUGUACAUGAUGCUGAGUAACCUUUCAGUUUUUGAUAUAUGCCUAGCUACCUAUGUGACCCCCAAGAUGAUCAUUGACUUUCUUGCAGAGUUAAAGACCAUCUCCUUUGAGGGUUGCAUGGCCCAGAUAUUCUUGCUUCAUGUCUUUGUUGGUGGUGAGAUGGUGCUCCUUGUAGCUAUGGCAUAUGAUAGAUAUGUGGCUAUAUGCAACCCCUUACACUAUACAACCAUUAUGAGUUUGAACAAAUACAUAGGGCUUCUGGUGGCUUCAUGGGUCAUUGGGAUCCUUCACUCCCUGAGCCAGCUGGCCUUCACUAUAAACUUGCCCUUCUGUGGUCCCAAUGUAGUAGACAGUUAUUAUUGUGAUUUUACUUUGGUCAUCAAACUUGCCUGCACUGAUACUUAUGUUCCAGAAAUACUAAUGCUCUUGGACAGUGGUCUAAUAGGGGUGAUCUCUUUCCUGCUUGUACUUAUUUCCUAUACUGUCAUCCUGGUCACUGUACAACAUCAUUCAUCAGCUGGUACGGUUAAGGCACGUGCUACAUUGACUGCACAUAUCACUGUGGUGAUCCUCUUCUUUGGACCUUGCAUCUUUAUUUAUAUCUGGCCUUUCAGCAGCUUCCCAGUGGACAAGGUCAUCUCUGUGUUCUCUACCAUUUUUGCUCCAAUAUUGAAUCCAAUAAUAUACACUCUAAGAAAUAAAGAGGUAAAGACAGCCAUGCAGAAAGUGAAGACCCAGCAUAUGAGGCCAUUUUCUGUGAACUCCCUCCUUUCCUUGCUUCUUCAUCACAUAUCAUUCAUAUACCUUUCCCCACAGUCUCCUCCAACUCUGUUUCAGAUGAAGAAAUGGCCUUACUCCUUACUAAGGCAAACCCUUCUACUUGCAUAA